AUGGCAAGCUCAAUCAAGCAGGCGACAGCAAUCAUAAAGAGGAUAGCCGGGAUCGCGGCGCAGAACGAAGUGGGCACGGAAGAUCCCCCGGUGGCAUUGCAGGAGGAAGAAGACGAGGUGCCAGACUUGAACCCCCCAAAGAAAGGGAAGAAAGGAUCGUCUGUAAAGGAAGCGCCUCGGAAGAUAACGACCAGAUCAACGUCAAAGGCCCCGGAGGACACACCGCAACAGGUUGAAAGGCAACCAGGAGACCUCGAUGGAUGGAAGACCUUGCUAGGGACUGUUGGAGGACCAAAAGGAAAAAGAGCUGCCAAUCCAGAGGAAUCCACCAGUACACCGCUGAUCGAUCAGGGAAGAAAGAAAAGAGACCGACCUGGUCCAGGAUUAAAUCCAGUUGAAACGGAAGCGGUGCCAGCUGAAUCAACGGCCGCAGACGCGGUGCCCCCGUGGAAAAUCCAACAGAAGUUGGUCGCGAUGGUGGAGUGGGCUAUGAAAGCGGAAGCGGAGGGCGACUCGGUCAUGGCAAGCCGCCUCUACGAUAUAGAUUGA